AUGUCGUUCCCUUCCUUCUCUCGGUCACCGAAAAGCAGCCACCCCUCGGUCAGUGCUGUGUGUGCUCACCGAGACCAUCCAGAGAGGCGAGUGGCAAAGAUUCAGGCCGACCUGUAUCCCCGUCCUAGGGGCGACAGAUUCCCCACAGCACUUGGGGAAACGCCGCUCGAAUGUUUAAAUAAGGCUCAUGGGAACGCGGCACUGGAAAAUCACGUCCAGAUGUACCUAAAAGAGGCGCUUCCUCUGCUAAAACGCCCUCUCCUAAACCCGCCGGCCCCGGCCGCGCCGCCGGCCUUCAGCAUCGCCAGCAUCCUGCAGCCCGGCCCCUGCCGCCCAGCCCGGGAGCAGGGCAGAGCCCGCUGCGCCCCGCCGGAGGAAGAGGAGGAGGAGGAGGAGGAGGAGGAGGAGGAAGGAGAGGGGCCUGCGGAGCAAGACCCCAGUAAAGGCUCCAGAGACUCGGGCAGCGAGUCCCACCGGCUCCGGGCAGAAGGGACGAGCCGUGGCCUCCGCCGCGAGACCGAGGGUUGGGAUGCGGCUUCCCCGCUCCCCAAAGAGAAGCUGCGCGUCCAUCGGCAGCCGCCGACGCGAGAGGCCGGGGGCUGCGGCGCGGAGAACGGGAGGUCGCCGACGGCUGGUGGCAGGAAGAAGACGCGGACCAUCUUCUCCAAGAGCCAGGUGUUCCAGCUGGAGUCCACCUUCGACGUGAAACGCUACCUGAGCAGCUCGGAGCGGGCCGGGCUGGCCGCCGCGCUGCAUCUCACCGAGACCCAGGUGAAGAUCUGGUUCCAAAACCGCCGCAACAAGCUCAAGAGACAAAUGUCGUCCGAGGCGGAGGGCCCUGGGCCGGGGCCGGCGGAGCCCCCCGGGGACCCGCCGCCCCCUGCCGCCACCGCCACGUCUCUCUCCUUCCCUGCCCUCUACAAGGACAGCCCCCUGUUCAGUCGGUGCUUGCUGCCGCUGCCUUUGCCCCUGCUCUGUCCGGGCAGCGCCAUCCCCUACCUCUGCCUCCCCGGGUCGGGCAAACACUUCAGCCUGGUGGACGGGGACGUAUAA